AUGGUCCGGAUCGGUCAACGAGAAUUGCAAGCUCUGAACAUUGACACCAACACCACUCAACUGCCCGCCACUAGUACUACUCAACCAUCAGGCACACGAGUGACAAUGUCCACUGCUGGCAACUCAACAACAAACCGCAACCCGUCUCAAGUCCUACAACCUGGACAUCUUGAACAUAGUCUUGUGCACAUCCUGGAAACUGUCUUUGGCUACAGUGCUGGCAGUAUCCUUCAUCUCGCACUUGACUUACACGGUUGCAAAUGUUACCUAGCCCUUGUUGGCAUGGAUGAUGCUGAUAUUGACGGACUACAGUAUCCUGUCAGUCAGCCAUGUGAUGCUAACGGUGACCCACAACCUCAUGUACUUUGGGAUGUGCCAAAACCUCUUAAGGCAUAUCUCCAUGGGAUCCAUGGCUACAUCUACCACCGGGAAACUGUGCUUAAGGAUCCAGUCACCCUGACUAACUGUAUCCUCAUUGACCCUGAUGAUUUUGAUACAUACAGGGCCUCCAGCGCAUUCAUUGUGUUCCGCAGCCGCACCAUCCCACAGCCUCUUGUCUCCACGCCAUCUCGACGUUCACCAGCUGAGGAAUUUGAUCGGGGCAUUGAUCUAGAUGCUAUUCUUUAUCCAACUUUGUCCAAUAGUAGGCAAUGGGAUAGUCAUCAUGGCAAACGUCUCACCUCUGAAGAGGAACAUCCUCAAUACCCUAGCCUUGCUGAGCCUUUUGUCCCUGAUCUUGCAUCAGUUGACCUUGGGCCUGAAGGCAAACAUGGUACCCUUGACAAGGAAAAUUCCCAGUACCCUCUCGACCUUGAGCCUGAUCCCAUUGUUGACCCCGAGAACAAAAGCCGACAUGGUACCCUUGACAACGAUCAUGUCCAGUAUCCUUGUCUUGUUGAGCCGGUUGCUACUGAUCUUGCAUCAGUUGACCUUGAGCCCGAUCCUCUUGCCUACCGAGCUUGUCUGGCAUCUUUGGCAACACUUCCUUGCAAGACAUCUCUUUGCACUGCAAAGUUAGAAGCUGCUGGUUCCAACAAUCAGCCUCCUGCGCAACCACCUCCAUCCCCCCAACAUUCUGUCAACUUACAUGAGAUGUCGGCUACUACCAAUUUUCUCUCACAGUUCCAGCACUCGAGCAUGGGGAGGAGUGAAGAUGCAGAUACUCUGACUUCUGUAACAAGUGAAGAGACCAAAUCAGACAAGUUGGCUCUGGUCCAAGCAACCAAGUAUCGUAAAGCUACUCAAGAGGUCAAGAAUUACGAGAUAGCCAUAGAUGGAGUUGAUGUUGAUGAAUGGGCCAAGUCUGUACCGGAUGAUGGGUCUGCAGGUGAACAAAGUCCAUUUGAUAGAGUGGACAUCCUUACUAAGAGUAAUACAACAGUCACUACUCUGAAGGAUUCUCCUGCCUUAGAUGAUGCUAUUGGUUUCUUUGAAACUCAUCACUGUGUCAUGCCAACAAAUGGUCUGUACAAACUACAUCCUGGACAAGCUUCUGAUCUUGAUUGGUUGGAAUGUAACAUGGCUGGUCUAUUUGAUUUAGACCCUGUCCAUGUGCCACAACUUAGACCACCAGAUUUUGAAGCUUACAAGUCAGGCAGGCAACCAUCUGUUCUGUUUGUUCCUGAAACGCCUAUCAACUUUGUCAUUGAUUCUACUCCACUGGGAGACAAACCCAUAGACUUGACUUGCAAGUUGUCAUCCUCUGAACCUCGACACAGCCCACCAGAUGAAGGUUAUGUUCGAGGUGCUAAGAUCAUUGAGCUUAACUACAAGCACAAUCGCAACAGGGACAUUCAGCCUGCACGUAUUCAACUAUGCCUGAACAUCAACAGUGGUGAAUAUGAAUGUGUCAUGGCUUACCAUAACAUCCACAAGUGGUCAGAAAUUGGUGCAGACAACCCCAUUGAUUGGAAGCUCAAGCGAAAUACCCCAGAACCACUGAGCAUCACUGGAGCCGAUGAUUCAGUGACCUACACUAUACAUGCUAGAAAUCACAACCUGUUGGAAAGUCAAGGUUGUAACCUUCUUGGAAAUAUAGUCAAGGACAAGAAGAAACUGCUUUGUCCAACUAAUCAAGUCAAGUUGAGAUUGCUACACACUACUUCACCAAAGUAUAUGUACUACUACAAGAUCCAGAAGGACCACAAUGGUGUCCUACAACUUGACAAACUCCAUGGCAACACCAACUGCAAACACGCCACCAAAGUCAAGAUAGAUCUGCUCGCAAGGUACAAGGUCCUUGUGGAUAUGGGGAGAGGAAUCCCAACACCAAAAGAUCACCAAAAGUUCCAAGUCCCACAUGUCAAUGCCAUUAAACAUUGUGACAAACACAAGCCCAGACUCCUACCUUAUGGUGACUUUACCUACAUACCGCCAAACAAAACAAAACCCUACUGUCUAUUGACAGACUAA